AUGUACCUGAAUUGUUUCAGAGGGACGAGUCUUGACAUCAAUGUAAAUAAAUACAGAUUCCCUGACAUUUCGAUGUUUGAAUAUUAAUAUUUUGCUCAAACAUUUUAUUGUUUUCGAUCUCGAUGUGGACUAAAUUGUAUUGUUUAACAGUGAAAACUGCUUUUAGAGUUUAUGCGGUGUCUCUAAUAAUAUCAAGGUCUUUCCGGACCUCUCAGAACUGGUCAAAAUGGUGGAGACGGGUAGAAAAUCUGAUCUUCUGGAGUUAUUUUCUUCGCUCAGUUUCCAAGAUUCCAGUCCAAAAAAAUCUCAGCAGAACUACCACCCUCAGCCAUGGUGCGGCAAACAUGUUAAUGAGGAAGUUUCGAGUCCUAAAAAUGUUUAUAAUUAUGCCGCAAACGUUGUCAGUGAAAAAACACCAAUGUGUCAAAUUGCAGAACUUGCAAGACAUCACAAGGUAAGCAUAACGAUUUUAACUCCAAUUUCACCAGUUAAAACACGAGUAUGUAUUACUGGAUGAGAGUGGGCCCGCACACAAAAAGAAGUUUUCCGUGAAGUUGGUCCUAAAAGUUGGCGAAGAAUAUGAAGGAAGUGGUCCCUCAAUUAAGAAAGCCCAACAAUCGGCCGCUGAAAAUGCUCUAGAGAACUCGAAACUGGAAAAGCCUCCAAAAAGAAAUCACAAAAACAAGAAUGGUAGGAACGUUAUGUUAAACAAGGUUAUUAUUAAGAUAACAACCCUGUAUGGCUUUUAUUUAAUGUGGCCAAUCAAUUGGGCAUUGAUGUUAAAUUCGAUCACACCCAGGUAUAUCCGAAGAACACAGGUGGUGUGACUAACUAUGCUCCAAAUACGUUCAACAAACAACUGCCUUACUUCAAUGGCCCUCCAGGCAUGAACGGCUGGAAUUCGAUGAUGAAUCCACCUCCUAGCAACGUCGCUUAUCCUCCUGUUGGUGUCUAUCCUCGGAUGUUUUGGCGGUCACCAAUGUUCAUGCCUCCGUCUCAACCAAUGGUCAACAAUACAGUGAGGAAUUAUUUAAAUUAUUAUUUUUGUUUUAGGCCCCGCAGCGGAAUGGGAAAGCAAAGAACGAGGUCUACCAUAGAUGCAGUUUUAUUUUAUCUGAUGGAACAUUUCACAAGGGAGCCGGGAAAACUCUAGGAUUUGCAAAGACGGAAGCUGCAACUAAGGUAGAGAUUUUAAUGAAGCGAUUGUAAAUCAUUUUUAGGCAUUGUUCCACUUGAGACCUCUUUUAGCUGAGCAAGAGGCUAAACUGCGUAAAGAAGAUGGUGAUGGAAUUGACGAAGAACGACGUAAAACUGAUUCCUCAAGUGGUGAAAGCGACAAUGAACUUAACAACAACAACGAUAACAAGGAGAAUAACUUGGUCUUACGGAAGAAGAAAAAGAAGAAAUCUGUGGUUUCUGAAAUCCAUGAAGCUGCGUUUCGACUGAAAAUGAAUGUGGAACUGGAGUUGUUGACACAAGCUGGUGAACCGCACAGUAGAACCUAUACCAUGCGAUGUAGAUUGACAUCUCCAAAGAACAGCCAAGUGCUUGAAGCGGAAGGCAUUGGUACUAGUAAGAAGAGCGCUAAGCAAAACGCCUGCAAGAAUUUGUUGGAGAAGAUUGCUACAUUGGAGAACGAUCCGGUUUAUCUAGCUUCUUUAAUUGUGAAAUCAGCAGUUAACAAAAAAGGAGUGAACAAAGAGUCAAAGAGAAAAACAAUCGUCAAAGAUAUGAAGAUGGAUCCCCAAUACGGUCAUCACAUUAAUCCCAUCAGUCGUCUAAUCCAAGUGACUCAAGCCAGGAAAGAACAGGAUCCCGUCUUCAAAUUGAUAGGUGAACAUGGCCAAAAUAGGUACCGCGAGUUUGUUGUGGAAGUCAAGUGCAUGGAUCAAGUCCAAACCGGGAUGGGGCAGAAUAAAAAGCUGGCAAAGAGAGCAGCCGCUGAAGCCAUGCUUUCAGCCAUUGGCUACGUUAAGCCGAUGCCUCAACCAGGGAAGAGUUUGUUGAAGAAAAAGAGUUGUGGUAAGUUGGCAAACCAUGAUAACCUUUGUCUUUCAGAUGAUAUAAAACCAGUUAUGAACGAAAUUGGUGUCUUCGAUGCCUCCGAAUUGGGAAACCAAUCACCGGUUGAUAUUGCGGGAAAGGAAAAGCUCGCUUCUCCUGUCAUGGAAACAUUUGAAGAUGUCGAGACAUCUCUUACCAAGGGACCUCCGACAGAUGUUGGAGAUGAUUUCCCUGUCAUCCACCGGGUCCGAGCGGAUAGUGAGAAAUUGUAAGUUCGUCUACUGUCUACAAAUAUUUUUUUUUAAAAUUCAGGCCAUCUGAGAUGGCUCCGAUUCCAUCCGAGAGACGCCGAGUUACGUUCAGCACCAAGGUGGCGGAAUGCCCGCCUCCAGAAGACAGUAAUUAUCCAGCGUCGAGUGUCACAUUACUCAAGUCUGAGGUCGUUGUGGCUCCGAAAUUGAAGAAAAGGGGCCGUGAUUCGAAGAAAGCCUUAAGCAGCGCAGAGAAGGCCUCCGUGGCUGCCAUCUGCCGGCUAUUUCUCAGCUACCCUCAGGCUGAAAAUACUCGUUCUGGGUUUGUCCAAGCAGAUAAUCCCAUCUUUAAUAUCAGUGUUCCUGUGAAUAAGGACAAAUCUCAUCUUUUGGUUAAGUCCAGCUUUAUUGACAUCAAUUUGUUUGCGACUCCGUUGAGUCCUCUUCCCAUUGUCUCAUCUGAUACCAUCACUUUUCCGUCUCAACCUCCCGUCAUUCCCAUCUGCGAUAAUUAUGAAACGAAUGGUUUUGUGGUUAAGGAUGCCAAGUGGCUACUUGAAGUGUUGGCCAAGAUUUUCAAAUUUACUGUCUCGUAUUCUGAUUUCCCAAAGGCUACAGACUCGGAGAAUUUCUUUUCUAUUGUCACUGUAGGCUUGGAUAAACCGAUCCUUCUUCCUGGUACCGGACCCGACGAAGACGGCGCUCAUUUGGAUGCCGCUUAUCACGGCAUUGAGGCAUUAGGCCAACUUGAUAAGGGUAAUUGA